AAUUAAACUUUUUAUUUAUUUACAUUUAAAUUUAAGUAUGUACAAAGUUUCUAUACAUUUUGUUGCUUUUUGUUUUUUAAGGUUUCAGGCAUUCAAUUUGCCUUUUGUCUCUUAAUUUUUGAUUUCAUUUACGGAUUUUACUUUCUUUUGUAUUUCAUUUGAUUUAUUCGGUGUUUUGAGAUGCAAGACGACUGUUGAAGUUCGCUUGCAACUUUCCGACGUAGUUUUCGAUGGACGGUAUUUUCGCUUCUGUAUGAAGAUCGGUGAUCUUUUCAUAUCUUGUUUUAUUGAGAACAAUUCUCAAGAAUUUGUUUUGCAGUACUUGGAGUUUUUGAAGAUGGGUUUUUGCCAUGCUUCCAAACGCUGGACAACCAUAUGUGAAUAUUGGUCUGAUGGCUAGCUUGUAGAUGAGAAGUUUGUUUCGUACGUCGAGUUGUGAGUUCCUGCUGAUGAGCGGAUAAAGCUGUCUUAAUGCGGUGUGAGCCCUAUUGGUCACAUACUCCACAUGCGGCUUUAAUGUCACUCUCUUGUCGAUCACCAUUCCCAGAUAUUUAGCUUCUGUUUCCCAUUUGAUGUUUUCGUUGAGAAAUUUGAUGUUAUUUCCUGGUAGUUGCCUGGAGUGCCUGUUUGUGAUGAAUAAGGCUUGAGUCUUCUGUUUGUUGAGGUUGAUCUUCCAUUUGUUCAUGUAUUGUUGAACUUUUCUUCCAGUGUGCUGUAGAUGUGUCACAAUAUCGGCCGAGUUCUCUGCAGAAUGAUACAGUGCUGUAUCAUCUGCGAAAAGACCGAUGUUGUUGGUUGUCUCUCUUACAACAUCAUACGUGAAGAUGUUGUAGAGAGUUGGUGAAAGCACUGCUCCUUGUGGCACUCCGAAUUUGAUAACCUUGAUUUCUGAGAACUGACCUUUAAUAAAAACUGCGAAAGAUCUUUCACUGAGGAAAGAACUUACAGUUUUUAUAAGUGGCAGUGGAAAUCUCAGUUUGAGCAUUUUGUACAAGAGUUUGUUAUGCCAGACUCUGUCAAAUGCUUUCUCUACAUCCAGGAAGAUCAUGCCUGUUGACUUUUUGUUGUUUAAGUUUUCUUUUGCUGAUUUGAUCACUUUGAUGAGCUUGUGAGAUGUUGAUCUUCCAGUCCGGAGGCGCACUGCUGGCUUGGCAUGAUGUUGUUAUCCUCAAGAUGAUCGUUGAUUCUGUUCAGCAAAACUCUCUCCAGUAUUUUGCUUAUUGAGCUGAGUAGACUUAUUAGCCUGUAGCUGCUUAACUCAUUUGCUGGUUUUCCAGGUUUUGGAAUAGGAAUCACUUUUGCGUGUUUCCAAACUUUGGGGAAGUGAUUGAGUUUCAGACAUGAAUUGAUGAUGAAUUUCAAGUAUUUGAAACCUUUUUCAGGAAGAUUUUUGAUGAGUAUGUUGUGGACUUCAUCUAGUCCCGGAGCUUUUAGAUUUUUCAGAUUUCUUAUGAUGCUCACGAUUUCGUUUACAUCUGUUAAUUCUGGAUUCUCAUCAUUGUCUUGUUCUAAUGCUUCUUUGACUGUGUUGUUUACUUCCUGUGUAUGUUGUGGGUCGUUUUGUUCCAGAGGAUUUUCGUGAGCUUUUCGGAAAUACUCACUGAGUGCGCUGGCUUUUUCUUUGUUGGUGAUGAACGUUUUACCCAAAUUUGUCAAUGGAGGCAUUGUUUUUGAACCUUUUUUGCAAAAUUUUGCUAUUCUCCAUACUGUUUGGUUUGACGGUUGAAUCUCUGAGAGACGCUUAUUCCAGUUUUUGUUUUUGAGUUCUUUAAUUUUCUCAUUGAUGACUCUCUGCAGAUAAUUCAAUUCAGAUUUGAGUUGAUUAUCUCUGCUUCUCUGCCAUCUUCGACGAAGACUCCUUUUUGUAUUGAUUAGAUCUUUAAUCUCCGGUGUGAGUUUAGUUGAUUCGAAGUGGAUCUUUUUCAUUUUUACACUUGAGUUUCUCGCUUCCAUGAUGAGUUCAGAGAGAAUCUUAAUGUGAUUCUCGAUCUCAUCUGUUGUAUUGCAAGAAUUUUCUCCAAUGUUGUCUUCAAUGCGGCGUGAAAUUUGUGCUUUGAACUUUUUCCAGUUUGCGUUUUUGUAGUCAUAUCUGUAGACUGUAUUUUCAGUUCUGUCGAUUUUUGAUGUUUUGAUUUGGAAAUACACAGCGCAGUGAUCACUCAUUGCCUCUGUGCAUUGAAGUUCUGUUGUUUCGAGGUUGGAAUUCGAGAGCAUCAGGUCAAUUGUUGACACUGAUUUGUUUCGAUCUUCUGGGUAGUACGUUGGCGAGUCAGGAAAGGAGAUCAUGAACUCUCCUGACAUUUCCUGAAGAAUAUUUCCUGAUUUAUUUGCAUGAUGUCAUCUCUAAGAUGUUGAUCUAUUUCCCCUCCUUUGCUUCCUCAUGUGAAAUGGACUGAGAGGAUGUGACAACUAUCCGUGUCAUUGAUGAGGACUUUGAUUCCAAUGCAUUCCAUUUGUUUUGUUUUGUAGCUUGGUUGAAGCUGAUGUUUUAGAUUUCUUUUGACGAUUGAUUGAUUGAUUGAUUGAUUGAUUGAUUGAUGUUUAUUCACCGUCUCGGGUGGUUAAGCUUAAUAACUAGUGACAUAAUGCUCGUUUUAGACCAUAAAUUUGAAAAUUAAAUAUUCAUUACAUAAAUAUAUUGUUAAAUAAAUUUACACUAAAGGUGUUUGUGAUAAGAAAAUUGUGUAAUGUACGCACACGCACAUAUUGGUAAGUAUUAUGUGAUGAUUGCAACACCACCCUUUGGUCUAUCCACGCGAUCCAAUCGAUGAAUUACGUAGUCUGGAUGCGAGUCAAUUUUUGAGUUUGGUUUUAGGAAUGUUUCUGAGAUGCAAGCAACAUCGACAUUAUGCUUGCAUAGGUAGUCGAGGAAUGCUAACAUUUUGUCAGUGAGGCCGUUAGCAUUCCAGUAGAGGACGUUGAUACUUUGUUGUCUACAAUCCAUUAUUGUAUGCGGUGUUUUUGGCGUUUGAGCCGAUUGCUUGGAGUAUUUCGUCGAUAACUUUAUUGAACUCUGGAUUUUUGGCGAUUAAUUUGAGAAGCUCGCUGAUGAGGUACUUGCACUUUGAUUCCUCUAUUUCUGAGAUGUUUUUAUCUCUUGUGCUAGUGCUUUGAGCUUGUUGAUUAGUUGUUAUGUUUCGAUUCACUACCUCAACACUGAAUGAAGGUUCUGGGAAGACUUCAUUCGAGGUCUGACUUGUUAGAUUGAUGUCUUCUGAGUCCAUAAGCUCAACAUCUUGCUUUGGUUUUUGAUGUUGAUUGUUAUUAAUGCGCUCGUUUUGCUUUUUUCUUUGAUUCUUUUUCCAAUGUUUUCCUCUUUCUUUAUUGUUUUGUUGGUUGUUCAAGUUAUUUUUAUUUCCCUGGUUUGAGGGUUUGUGAUUUGGAGGAGGAUUUGUGUUCCUUGGUUUGUGGUUGACUGGAGCUUGUUUUUGAUGAGCAGGCUUUUGUGUACUAGAUGUUGAUCGUUCCACAUUCUUCUUUCUCCAUUGAGCAGCAAAACGACAACCUCUGUAAAUUAAGUUUGAACCUCGUUCUUUUUUCUCGAGAAUAUUAAAAUAAAGCAUGUCUAAGAGAGGACGUGGUGGAUCAGCCGGAGGAAAAUUCCGCAUCUCAUUGGGUAUGCCUGUAGGAGCAGUUAUAAACUGCGCCGAUAAUACAGGAGCCAAAAACUUGUAUGUCAUUGCUGUUCACGGAAUUCGUGGACGUUUGAAUCGUUUGCCUUCAGCUGGUGUUGGAGAUAUGUUUGUCGCCACUGUCAAAAAGGGUAAACCAGAAUUAAGAAAAAAGGUAAUGCCUGCAGUGGUUAUUAGGCAGCGAAAACCGUUCCGUAGACGUGAUGGAACCUUUAUAUAUUUCGAGGAUAAUGCAGGUGUGAUUGUAAAUAAUAAAGGUGAAAUGAAGGGAUCUGCAAUCACAGGACCUGUUGCAAAAGAAUGUGCUGAUUUGUGGCCACGUAUCGCUUCGAAUGCUGGCUCAAUAGCUUAAGAUUUGGAAUUGAUUGCAUCAAAACAAAAUUUUGUUCAUUAAAUUCAACAAUAAAACAUCAAGUUGUGAACAAAAAAAGAAUAACAAAUCCAUUUAAUAAAAAAAUUACAUUCUUUAAAUUUUUUACCAGCGUU